AUGGGAGAGCCCGCCCUGGUCCGCUGCGAUGAUAAAACUAGGACUGGGUGCUGGUGUAAAAACGCCACACGCACACACGAAUGGAGCCCGGGCGAGAGGCGACUUCUCCCGCGGGGAGCGCGUGCCAGGGUGCAGGGCCCGGAGUGUGGAGGAGGAAGUGGAGGCUCAAAAGUUCACAGAAACAGCAGAAUCCGAAACGAAGAAAGCAUCAAAGAGACCGCGCUGCUGUUUCUGCGACCAUGGGACGCGUGGACGGGCCUCGCCGCUGUUUACUGUGCGCGCGGCGGAAGUGAUGAGGCGUUUUGGAUGAAUAUGAUGCUGCAGUUCAUCCAGGAGGCGGUCAGGGGGAGGAAGGGGGAGUCAGGGGGAGGAGAGUUUAUUCUCCCCGCGUUAAUCCAGACAGGACACCCCUCAGCGACCUCCGAGCGCACCCAGCCAUCCUGA